AUGGAUCGAAAGAUUUGUGCUGCUUCUAAUAAAGUUCAUACAACAACAAGCCUUGCCAGAGCAAUUUGUUUUGAAAAUGAGACACAAAUUGUAUUUCUUGAUACACCAGGUGUGAUAUCAGAUAAAGAGCAAAAGAGGUACAAAUUACCACUGUCAAUGUUAGGAGCUUGUGAAAAAAGCUUAAGAUGUGCUAAUGUUGUAGGUGUGGUUCAUGAUGUAUCUAAUAAAUGGACCAAAGAUAGAAUGCACCAAGAUGUUAUUAACAUGCUUCAUUCAGUUAUGAAUUUGCCAAGUUUUCUAAUAUUGAAUAAGGUAGAUAAAUUAAAGUCCAAAAGGCAGCUGUUAGCCACUAUUAGAAACUUGACAAAUGGAGUAAUUGCUGGAAAACCAAUUGCAGGAAAGCUCAAUAAAGAUAGUGCUAAAAAUAAAAUUGAUAAAGGUUAUAGCAAUUUCUCUGAUGUGUUUUUGGUAUCUGCAUUAACAGGUGAUGGAGUGGAUGCUAUUAAGGAAUACCUUAUUUCAAAUGCAAGAGUUGCUAAUCUCCAGUAUUCUCCUGAUGCAUGGACAGAUCAAACUCCUGAAAGUCUUAUUGAAGAAGCAAGGAUAAAGAUAGGGAGAGCGGCCCAACUCAAUACCGGCGCUGCUCUUCCCGCUACUGCACCUACUAAGCCCGUGACUGUA